AUGCCUGGGACAAAGGUGGCCAAUCGCACCGAGAUCUUUGACGACGACGAUCAAUCAGCCGAGCUGUCAAACACUGCAAGUGAAGCCGACUCUCGUAAACUGAAUUUGUUGAUGCAACAGCUUAUGGGUGGCACCGAGGAUGAUACCAAUGAUGACCCAGUGGAAGAGGAAGCAUCAUCGACGACAAAUGAUCAACAAGAAGAGGAAUUCACAUUUCAAUUAUUCUCAAGCAAGCCAGUAGCCAAAGUGAAUAUCAGUGAAAAGGAUAAUGAAGCCGAACGGCUUGCCGAGCUUAUUGCCACUGCAGCACAGCAACGAUCGGUGGAUCAUGACAUGGAAACCGAUGCCGACUUUAUUGCACAAAUCAACGAAGCAGCUGUCAGCUUUGAUGAUAUCAUGACACAAUCUCAAUGGGCUUAUCCAGCAUUACGUCUUCCUCAUCGUGUGAUACCAGCAGCAGGAUCAUCAUCAUCAUCAUCAUCUACCACCAUUGAAAAGUCCAAAGAGAAACAACAGCGACGAAAGAGCAAAAAGAGACGUGAUUUUGAAAAGGCGGUUCGUGAAGGACGCAUCGUUGUUGCACCUAAUAUGCAAAAUCCAGAGACACCAGGUGGAUGGCCAGGAUGGCCUGGAAAUCGAACACGAUACGCCAUCAUUACCAACAUUGAAAAGGAUCUCAAAGUAUCCAAGAAGGCGGGCAACACAUCCUUUAAACGAGGAGGAGGUAGUGGAGGACGUGGCGCUGCUCGUGGAGGACGUGGAUCAGGGCGUGGUGGAAUGAUGCGUGGUCGAGGUCGAGGUCGAUAG